AUGGCUCCAGGCACGAGACGCGCCAACCGCAGCGGCUACGUCGAGCACGACGAUUUCGAAGGCCUCCCCGUCCGACAAUGGCGCCACGAAUGGGUCAAUGUCGCGCCCCCCGUCCAGCAGGAGCAGCAGCAGCAGAACGACAUCUGGGCCAUUGAGCUCCUCCACGGCAUGCCCAAGGAUGCCGCCCUGCUGCCGCCGCACACCCAGGAGCUCCUGCGCGCUGCGAGGUCCGGCCGCCUGUACAAACGACCGCAUCCGGUCGAGGACGACGACGGCGAUGGCGAGACGGUCCUGGACAAGCCGGAGAAGAAGGAGGACGACACGAGCUCGCAGGGUUACCAGAUAAGGAUCUGGAAGCAGCUUCCUAAGAAUGUCGAGGCUCCAGCCAUCUCGCACCUUGCUAAGCGCAGGAAGAACACCGUCACCGUCGCCAGCCGAACUGUCGAGGAGAAGGUAACUGGCCCGACGGUGACGAGGGCUACGGUCCGGCGGAUGGACGCUGCCGGCAACCCGUACACAGAAGAAGUCACCCUGUCAGAGGGCCAGCGUGUAGACGGCGAAGUCAUUGCGACCCGAGUGGAGGCCGUCACGGCGGCUCAGCCAGACGCAUUCGCAGCAGCGCCGCCGUCGGCUGUGAGAAGGAGGCCGCCGCCGCCCAAGCGGAAAGCCAAGGCAGGGCCUGGAAGAGGCAAGAAGAAGAUUAAGCAGCCCGUGUUGGCAGACAAGCCAAUUGCCGGAACAGCACCCGCCGCAGGGGCUGGAGCCCCAACUGCAGUCAAGACGGAGGUCAAGGACGUGGUCACUCCCGUGCCCAGCGAGCUUGAACCUCGGAAUCAGGACAGUGAGAUGGGCGAGGCUGACGGUGAUGACGACGAAGAAGAGGAGGAAGACGGCGACGACGGCGAUGAAGGCGAGGAGGGAGAUGAAGGCGAUGAGACCGUCGAUGUCGAAGUGCCAGAUGAAUCCAUGCUCGACGCUACAAAGGACCAGGACGAGGACAUGGUGGAUGCAUCGCACAUAAUCGACAACCCUGACGUCGAAAUGAAGGAUGAGCAACCCGCGCCCAGGGAGCCGUCGCCUCCCAAGCCGCCGACUAUUUCCGCACCGGAAGUGCCAGCAGUGCCGUCGAAGAGCCCGUCUCUUCUGCCGCUCAAGCAUGAAGACACCCCGCCCAGGAAUCCCGUCAUUGUGCCCUCGCCGUCCGAGCCAUCGGUUCACGCCGAAUCCGCGAUCGAUACCGCUGUGCCUGUGCUGGACACGCCAGCCGACGACACAGCGGACUCCGUCAUUGCCGAGCCGCCUUCGACAAUCGUCGGUGAGGCCCCUCAGGAGGCCAUUGAGCGCGACCUUCCUCAGGCUGCGGAGCUGCCUCCCCCGGAGCAGGUGGGCAACAUCUCCAGCCCAAAGGACGAGGACGGAGCCUCCCGAGUCUCUGAGGAGACGCCCAAGGGUCAAGCGACGAGCCAGCCAGAGACCAUUGCAAAGCCGGUCCUGUUGCAUCAGCUGUCUGCGAUGACCGAAGACACCAUCAAGCCGGAAGACUCAGUCUCAGUAACGGCGCCUCUGCCAGAGUCAGAGGCGCCUUCAGAGGUUGGAAACGUCUCCGUAGAUGGUGCAAAGGAAGAGGCUGCCCCAGCUGACACUGUGGCAGUUUCCGCCGCCGCACCUGAAACUGAUGAUCCAGAGGUAUCUCUCGAUAAUGACGUGACCGAGGAGAAGGAGUCAGAUCUGUUGGGCGGCUUGAUGGGAGAGCUGGACCGGCAGGCGGCUGCGUCACAGCUAUUGGAGCAAGUCAUCAAGGGGGAUACCGCACCGGCUACCGAGGUGAAGGCUGAGGAGAGUUCUGUCGAACCGACACUGCCUGAGGCUGCCGAGCCGGAAGCUGACGCCGCACCGCCCGUCGUCGCAGCGGCCGGCGAGCCCAUUGCGGAGCCGGAGCCUCCGACAGAGCCUCAGACAGAGCUCGAAGAAACAGAACCAGAACCGGAGCCAGAGUCGACGCAAGAACCGGAGGCCGAACCCGAGGCGGCACCUGUACAAGCACCAGAGGAGCAGGCCGCAGCGGAAGCAACGUCACCAGUGAAAACAGAGCCCGCCGCCGCGGAAGAGGAGAAGGGGGACCAGCCUGCCAACGUGUAG